AAGAGAGAGGGACAAUGGCCCCGUUGUAGGUCAGGUUUCCUGGCUUCCCUCCACAGUGGUGUCAUCUGAUCCAGUUGGCUUCCACAAGACGCAGACCUCGUCCGUACCGGUUUCGGCUGGACCUAUAACAGGCGAUGAGGACUCUGAUGACCACCCAGAUGCAGAACUGCUACCGGGAGCAGAUCACCAAGGAGACGAUGACCCGGCUGGCCUGGAGGUCUCGUUAUGCUAAGGAAUACCCUCUCUCUUCCAAGACCCCAGCCCCAGCCCCACCCGGGCCCCCACCGGCACCUCCACUAGGACCCACCCCAGGACCAACCCCACAGCCAGACCAGACCCCCAAGCUGCCCCCCAAAACCAGGACUCCCCGGCUGCCGCCCGUUCCCACGGUGACCGAGAGGACCUCUGCCCCCCCUCUGAUGAGACCCCCUUCCCCCCAGACCAGAGAGGUCCUGUACCAGGGCUCCUCCCACUAUGGGACGGGGCGUGGCCUGUAUCUGAGGAGGCGGGGCCAGAUGAGACCAGAAGAGAAAUUUGAGUUUCCUCUCAUCUCGUCCUGGGAGUACGGAUGGAGAUUGGGUGACUUCAGUGUGUGUGGGUCUCCUGCCAACGGUCGUUCAGCCGUGGUGAAGAACACGUUCUACUGCAGGAACGGAGUCUUCAACAGACCUGCGACUACUGACCUGCUGGGAUGACACACGCACUCUUUCUCUCAC